AGGAUAGGUGUCACAAAAACAGUUUUGUCUGUGUAGGGCAGAAUAUUGGCACACAGCUGAAAACAGCUUGAUAACAAAUUAAAGUAGGUCCAAUGACCACGCAGCACUAGCAGUAGAUCGGGGGGAUGUUUUUGUGUCCGUUUCCAACCGCAUAGAGGCUGCAGAUGUGUGCCUCUGGAAGGUCUUCUGUGCCUUCAGUGAACGGAUGUGGUGGGCUGUUGAAAGAGGAAGCACAGAUCUUUCUGCUGCUCUGUCUGAAACUGGAGCGCAAUGAGGACAGUCGGACCACUGAAGGAAUGGUAGGAAACUUCAGUGUGCCGGCUGCAGUCCUGACUGUCGCGUCUGUGCUGUCUCUGAGUCUGCUCUCCAUUUUCUGUCUGCGAUGCAAAAAGAAAUCAAGAUCCAUUCAUGAGGAGCAUCAAAUCUACAACCCACAGAUGUUCCAGCGUGGGGGGAGCAGGUUCGCUGUGACACAAUCAAAAACAGUCACCAGAACCAAUCAGAUAACUACACCCACUGAGGAAACUCGUAACCAGUUUGAGGAGAUUACAACAGAAGAGAUUGAUGAACAGUCAAACUAUGGAAACAUCACAGAAGCUCACACAGGAAGCGCUGAACAUACAUAUGUAGCUCCUCUCCCGAUCAUAAUAUAUGAAAACGAACGGUCUGAAAACCGGAUAACUGGUACAAAUCUGUCUCCAGAUGUGUACGCAAACGUCCCACCGUCGAUAAAUGAUGACGACGACGACUACGAGAACUCUGAAUUCCUCAAGGGGCAAGAAGAAGAAGAAGAGCCGGAUUAUGUGAAUGAAAAUGGCGACUGCACCUGACAAGACCGGAAGACAUCGACCCUAACUGUAGUUUCUGUGUUAGACUGACAAAGUUUCUGUUUUAAUUCUGCUCGGUGUCAUGAUGCUGCAAGGUGGAAAGUUGGACGUUGUGAAUAAAAUGCUCAUGAACCUCGACUGUGAUGGAAACGUUGACUGCCAUCUAGUGGUGAGAAUAAGUCUAUGCAACCUGUAAUUAAUGGACAAAGGGAGCGUUUGGAGUAUUUUCUGAUGUUUGUUUUGUGUAUUUAGGGUCUAAAUAAACAAAGUUGACCUUACAUAAUGUGAGCUUUGAGUAUCCAGAUGUUAAUUGACAUAAGACUCUUCUUUAUGGCUGAACCAGUUUGAUUUUUUUUGUCUGCAUGGUUAAAUAGAAGAUGUAAAUGAAGUAGCUUCUCUUAAGUGUAACUUUGUGUUUCUCAUAUUUUUACAUAACAAUAAGGAAAAAAGUAAGAGAAAGGUUUUUACACAGAGACAGUUUUAUUAACGUGAACAGAUCGACGUUUCAGACUGAAGCCACUCAGAGACAAACAACCAAAGAGGA